UUAAAAAACACAUUAACUUGCCCAAUUCUGAGAAGAAUCCCCCCUUACCUCGCACGUCGAGACCGUAACGAGACCGAAAACGAUGUAAACAUGAACGAGGAAGACGAAAGUGGUCACAACACUGAGAACAAAGGCGACGACUAAUAACAACAAAAACAUGUUACGAGUAAGAGCGAAUGACUCGUCACUUGAUAGCGAGAUGUCGACGAAUACAGACGAUUUCCUCGACGCGUUUAAAAAAUUCCUCCAAGAGAAAUACAAUCCGACCAAUCUGGGCAGGUCAAGCGGCUAAAACCAAAGUCUCCAAGUCCACAGAAUCGCCAGCCACUUAUUCAUCGCUGCGGGAAUACGUACCGACCAUAGGCAUGGUGCAACCCUUAGACUGGCAAGGAAGAGAAAAGCUGGCCUGGCUGACCACCCCGCCGCCUUCGCUACCAUCCCCAUCGAUCCCUGUGGAAGUCGACCCUGGACACGUCGUCGACAUCCCGCACUUGUCGCGCACGUCUCGCGUCAGUAUAAAGCCCGCUCGAAGGAAUCCGCUGGUAGCUCAAGAUUCACGAACAUCAGGCUGUCACUCGUUCAAGAGAGCUUUCUUGCCGAGGAGACCCCCACUUAUGGACUAAGUACUGAAGGUUCCCAGUGGGGAUUAAUCAUGUACCCGAGUGGGGGUGGUUUCGUCGUUUGGCCACCUCCACCGCGUCCUCAGCACAACCAGGAUGACAGUCAUAGGUGGAGGCUCGUUAAAUCUAAACACUCGAUAUAAUCAGCAUUAUCGGAUACAUCUUAAAUUCCUGUCCGCCCAAAGAUUUUAGCGAACGUGAUGGAAACGAAUCCGCGUUUGGGGAAUCCCAGCGGGAUAGCCGAUCGAUGACGAGUUCUUGCGAUAGUUUAAGAGCAAUGAGAACCUCCGCUAAAAAUUUAUUGAGCUUGUCACAAAGAAUCUUUCUUCCGAUUCGCGCGAUAUUUAAAUACGUCGGAAACACAUUCCCUUUCUCUAUCCAACAGCACAACGAAAAAGAUUUUUUCAAUCGAUCCAACCAAUUGGUGAGUCAAUUUUUGUUUCCAAUCAAUUUUUGUUUCCUCUGAUAGUAUUGAUUAGAUUCAAGUAUUUCAUCCAUUACGGAUUUCACACUAUAUGAUAUUAUGUAUGACUUUUUGCGGUUGCGCUUCGUUUUACACAUUGUAUAAUAUAUUUUUUAUAGUAUAUUUCUGUUGUGUUCUGUACAUCUGAGGAGAGCUCGAACUUGCAGUCGAAACAUAUAAUGCGAUUGCGAUUAGAUUAUAUUAGCGGAUAAUUAUAUUCUAACAUUUGCUUUUCUAUUUUUAUUGUUAUAACACGUUAUUUUA